CAUAAAUGUUAAUAAUACAGUUUUCUCAAGAAAGAAGAAAGAUAUCAGAAAAGUGUCAAAUGAGAAAUUGGCGCUUCCGUAAAUAAAAUUUUCCGAUUAACGGCCGCAACAUAAUUGGCGUGUACAACUGACCUAGUGUAUUCGUUAACUGGGUCGAUCAAUAUUAUACGAGCAAAGGCAGGGGGAGAUGGUUUUCCCAUACGAGAGAGCUGACCACCCUACUUCUCUGUGAGGAGAUGCGCGUGUGGAAAUUGCUUCCAGUGCGCGGCGGAAAAUUCGCCUGCCCCAACCAUGUCGUCGUCUUCGUGCGAGGACGGUAUGAUGGUCGUGAAAGUGCCGGAGGAUCACUACGAUGAGGCAAUUCACCACUUGCGAUGGAACUUCUUCGCGGACGAGCCCCUCAACAAUGCCGUAGGACUUUGUAAGAAGGGGGAGUCUCAGCGUGAACUUGAGCGACACUGUCUGCAAACCUUGAAGCAGGGUUACUCGAGGAUGCUAGUGGAUAAGAAGGGAGCGAUAAUGGGAAUGGCACUAAAUGGCAUCCUGAAGAAAGGCGAGCGCGAAGAAGCAGAACGGCGUCUAGCCGAGCUGAACGACGAGAAGUUCAAGAAGAUUUUCGGAUUACUUUACAAGCUGAACGAAAAGGUCGAUUUGUUUGCAAAAUACAACGUGGACGAGCUGUUCGAGUGUCGGAUUCUCAGUAUCGACGAAAAUUAUCGCGGCAAGGGUUUAGCCGGCAUUCUCAUGAUCGACACUAUAAAAACUGCCAAAGAUGCCGGUUUUAAGGUGUGCAAGGCCGACGCAACCGGCGCGUAUUCGCAGAAGGUCUGCUCAAAGCACGGCUUCCAGGUGGAAGCGGAAAUUCCUUACGUGGAGUUGGACAAGUCCAUCAGACCGGCGCCGCCCCAUCAGGCGUUAAAAUUGAUGGUGAAAUUGCUAAAUUAAAGCGUAAACAAAAAAAAGUUUCUCACUCGCAGUUAAAAAUUCGUCGACAUACGAAAAGCGCAAAGCGCUAAGUAGAUGAAAAAAAAAAA